CAGCGAGCCUGGGAAAUAUAGUCGUGCGCUCACUGGACUGAGGGGUCGAGAAGGGGCGGGGACUGGGGCAAGCUGACUGAUCCCUCCCCGCCUCUCUCACACCUUUCCCCUCAGGUCCCAGCUUGGUGCUACAGCCCUGCGGAUGGACUCCAUUCUAGGUCUAUCCACUGGGCUCCUAUUGCCAGUCAGGUUCCUCCUCCGAGUCGGACCCGCCACUAGAUCCCCUGACGGACCCAUGUUUCACCCGGGAUUUGGCGUAAGGCCGGGAGGUGUGACCGGCUCCAUUCUGAGGGACUUGGAUCGGGUGUGCUUAGGCUGAGCUGAGUGAGUGGUGUGAGAACCGGGACGGCCCAGUGCGCUAACCUGAGGUGGCGCCAGCCAUUCUGCUGUUCGUCCCUUUGGACUUUUCCAUUUCCUCUUAGGGCUUGAAUGGAGCGUUCUGCUGCGGGCUCUUAAGUGUGUUCUUCGAACCCUGGUCAGAGUAAUGGUGAGGGGCAACGUGACGUUAUUUCAUUUCACAGCUUCUCGGCAUUCCACAGGUUUCCUUCUGGCUCCUUAGGGCUUUUCUUAAACCGGAGAAUGGUUUCCCAGCUCCAGGAAAUGAACUUGUAGGUGGGGGCCACAUCGAGGGCCGCGAAGGGCAUUGUGGGGGCGUUAUGUAAAAGUAGGACCCCAACCGACAGAACUCCGGGGUCCUCGCGCUAGUUAGGCACGCGAUGCUUGACGCGUAUACUCGAAAAGGUUCCAGCGCGGGAAACCACCUUUUGGGUGUUUUGUUGUUGGUGUCGUCACGCAUGCGUCUUCGUGCCGUGUGGCUGUUUGUCAACUCUUUAGAUUAGAAUAGCGCCAUUUUACGGUACGGAACCUACAAAGCAACGCAGGCAGGAGCCUUUCCCAUUUUCUGGAGAUACUGCAGAAAAAUGUCACGUCUGUUUUUGUUUGGAAACAGGAGAUCUCGAAAUAGGAUCGAGCAAGAAUUAAAGGGCCGGUUUGAGUUUCCUUAGUGCAGAUCCCUGGAGGUGGUACUGGUCACUACAGAGGCCAUCGGGUUAGGUUGCUUGUUUCAUCCUUCUUUUGUCUACAUUUUCCCAAAAGCCAUGUCCAGGCCUUCCCUCAUCACAUUCACCCCAGCCACAGACCCCAGUGACCUAUGGAAGGAUGGGCAACAGCAGUCAGAGCCUGAAAAGCCAGAGCCCACCCUGGAUGGGGCUGCAACACGGGCUUUCUAUGAGGCACUGAUUGCAGAUGAGAACAGUACGCCUGAACCCCAGAGAUUUCGGCCUGAUCCUGUUAGGGAGAAAAAAAGGAAGAAAAGAAGAAUGACAAGGGAGGUUGCAGCAGAAGCAGUGGCAGUAGGAAUACCAGGAAGACAUGGACAAGGCAGAUCCUUUGAAACUGAGGACAAAAUGACCCAGUGGAUAUUGAAGGCUGCCCAAGAGGGGGACCUGGCAGAACUUCGAAGGCUGUUGGAGCCCUGUGAGGCAGGGGGAGCUGGAGGGAAUAUCAACGCUCGAGAUGCCUUCUGGUGGACACCUCUGAUGUGUGCUGCUCGAGCUGGCCAGAGUGCUGCUGUGCACUAUCUCCUGGGCCGAGGGGCUGCCUGGGUGGGGGUCUGUGAGCUGGGUGGCAAGGAUGCUGCUCAGCUGGCUGAAGAAGCAGGCUUUGCCAAGGUGGCCCGCAUGAUCAGGGAGAGCCAUGGAGAGACACGGAGCCCAGAGAACCGGUCUCCUUGUCCCUCCUCUCAGUACUGUGAGACCUGUGAUGCCCAUUUUGAAGACUCCAACCACUGCACAUCCACUGCUCAUCUGCUGUCACUGUCCAGGGGUUCCCAGCCCGCUAGCCUUCCCUUUGGGGUGCCCACCUCCAGCCCUGGUUUCAAGCUGCUGCUGAGGGGAGGCUGGGAACCAGGAAUGGGGCUGGGACCCCGGGGUGAAGGCCGUGCCAACCCCAUACCUACCGUCCUCAAGAGGGACCAAGAAGGUCUAGGUUACAGAUCAGCACCCCAGCCCCGAGUCACACAUUUCCCAGCUCGGGAUACCCGGGCUGUGUCUGGGAGAGAGAGAGCUCCUCGAGUGGCCACACUUAGCCGGAGGGAGAACAGAAAGCAAGAGGAGAAGGACAAGGCCUGGGAGCGGGAUCUGAGGAUAUACAUGAACCUUGAUUUCUGACAUAGGUGAAAUCUGAUGUUGGUCUGCUUUGAAUUCUGAACUUGGAUCUCUGACUUGGGCCCUUCGACUUAUGUUUUCUGGGAUCUGCCCAGGUGCCAGAUCUUCAGGUUUUGGUCGUUGGACACUGAUUUGGUGAGGAAGGGCUGAGAAUUGAGAAAUAAACAUCUUGUAUUGUGGUUUAUUUA